AUGCAGCACUUCACUCACUUUACUUUCAACUUUCUCGACAAACUUGCACCGUCGCACUCAAGCACCAGGUAUGGAAAGCCCAACAUGGCGCGCAUCAAGGCCCUGGCAGACCAGAGCACAAGUUCCAAGUCGGCGAAGGCAAAGAAGCGCUUCCGCCUCCUCAAACUGCCACAGUGA